CUACUGCUGAGUCUAGUCUACUGCUUGAUGAUUUCACUGUGCUCUGUGUACUGCACUGCAUGUACUAUACUGUGUAGCUCAUAGUGCUAAUGCACGCUAGUGCUUUCCUUAAUAGCAGAGACCAGCUACUAGACUAUUAAGAUACCAAAACCGCUACUCAACAUCUGUCGAGACCCUCGACCUGAUCACUCAUCACCUGCACCACACUCACCGGAGUGAGAUCUAGAGAUGGGUAACAAGCCAGUGGUGCCUGAAAACCCGUCCCCUAGCCCUGCUGCGAGGCCUCCUCGUUCUAAGAGGUCUACACUAGGCUCCAAGGGAAAGGCUGAGAUAUCCAACCCUGUGCAAAAGCCACCGAUCACACACAGACCUUACAUUGACAUUGGUUAUCAAGAAGAUGUCGAAGAGAAUGGCACAGACCUCAGGGAUGCCAAUCUGACAGUGUCUUCAAGAAGUGAAACUAUCUCAGAGGACCGAGUUCACGAUCGUCAUGUCAACAGCGAACGAAGUGGGAUGGGCAGCAGCCAAUCAGGUGGCAGUUCCUUCGCAGGCAGUGGUCUAUCACAGAACAAUCGUUGGAACUCAUUUGAGAAUCUUCUCACCACUCCGUCCAAUGACGAUCCAGAUCUGUACAUUGCCAAACACGAUUUUAACACUGACCUCCCUGGGCAACUAAGCAUGAAGAAAGGAGAAAAAAUCAAAGUUACUCGAUUCAGCGAUACUCAGGAAUGGUGCGAGAGUACCAAUGUGUUAGGAGAUGUUGGGUGGGUGCCUGCCUCCUACAUAGCCAAGGUGGACAGUCUAGAGAAGCACUCGUGGUUCCAUGGCAACAUCACCAGAGCAGAGGCCGAAUUAUCGUUAGGAUCCGGUAUUAACGGAAGCUUUCUUCUUCGCGAGAGUGAGAGCAAACCGGGACAAUUCUCCAUAUCCCUACGCUACGAUGGUCGUGUCUACCAUUAUAGAAUCCACACCGACUCUCAUUCUAUGUACUUUGUGACACCGGACUCCAAGUUUGAGGUUCUUGCGGAACUUGUCGUCCAUCAUUCCAAGAACCCCGACGGCCUCACCACAGUCCUGCACUACCCCGCCCCCAAUCCUCGUAAACCGCCCAUUUACAGUUUAUCACACGAGGUGGACAAAUGGGAACUGGACAGGUCUGACAUUGAGAUGGGACAGAAGCUAGGUGGGGGACAGUAUGGAGAGGUGUACAAGGCUGUCAUCAAGAAGAGGAAUACAACCGUGGCUGUCAAGACCUUCAGAGAAGAGACAAUGGAUGCCCAGGAGUUCCUCAAAGAAGCUGCUGUCAUGAAGCAAGUCCGACACAAAAGCCUAGUCCAACUGCUUGGUGUAUGCACAAUAGAGCUACCUUUCUACAUCAUCACGGAGUACAUGUCCAAGGGCAACUUGCUCGACUAUCUAAGGGGGCCGGAUGGGAAGGACAUUGAAGCUGUGACUCUAGUGUACAUGGCUCAACAGGUGGCCUCUGCCAUGUCUUACCUAGAGAUCAAGAACAUGAUACACAGGGACCUGGCUGCUAGGAAUUGUCUGGUUGGAGAGCACUAUCUUAUCAAAGUGGCCGACUUUGGCCUCAGUCGAAUGAUAGAGACAGAGAUCUACAGUGCUCGUGCCGGGGCCAAGUUCCCCAUCAAGUGGACCGCUCCAGAAGCACUCGCAUUCAACCAGUUCUCAAUCAAGUCGGACGUGUGGGCAUUUGGAGUGUUGCUUUGGGAGCUGGCCACCUACGGCAUGUCUCCCUACCCUGGCAUAGAGCUGGCUCAGGUCUACGAGCUCUUGGAGUCCGGCUAUCGUAUGCAAUGCCCUGAGGGGUGUCCUGAUCCCAUUUACGAUCUCAUGAAGCAGUGCUGGGCUUGGGAUGUGCAGGACAGGCCUACCUUUAAGGAGAUUUCAAAUCUCUUGAAUUCAAUGUCGGACAUCAACGAGGCUGUCGAGGCUGCCCUAAGAGGAGAGGAUCCUAAUCCACGAUUGGACAGUAUCUCUGUUAGCCCAAGCAACGAGCCCCCUCCCGUACCCUCUGGACCACGCCCACCUAUUCAGCACACUGCUCUAAAUGGACGGCAUUCCUCCCAUUCAUCACCCAAUACCCGAAGCUCUCCGCUACCCCCACCCCCCAUUGCUCGUCCCACCACUCACAUAGCCACGCCUCCCACUCACAACCGAUCCAUUUCCCCAGCCUCACCCCCACUCUCAAGAGACCCUGUCCCUCCUCUCCCAGAUCGACGACCAGCACCAGCGUCACAACGUAAACCUAACACCAGGAGGGAACCCCCUCAAAGAAAUGCGUCCAAUGUUUCGAUGGUAGAGGAGCCUGAGCCACAGCGAGAUUCCAGCCCCGUGCUGCCCCCCAGACCAAUGACGAGUGGUUUACGAUCCUUUCCGCCUCUACCCCCUAACAGACCGGGAUCACAACGAGCAGCAUCGACAUCCAAACCAGAGGGUAAACCUAAUCGCCCACCCCCUGGAGGCAAUCGACCGAGACCUUCUCUACCAUCUCGUCCCAAACCUGAGUUACCACCUGGGAAACCCAACAAGCCUUCAGCACGAGUGAACAAUCGUGAAGACGCACCAAAGAUUCCGACCGGGGAGGGAAUGACUCCUCGAGAAAUGAUUGAUGUUGCCCAGAAAGAAAUUCCAAAUCUUCUCACAGCCGUGUCCAAUAGGAACAGUGGCAUACCUCAGUGCCUGGAGAAUAUUUGCACAUUAUCAGAAAACAUUGCUGAUCAAGCGCGGUGCUCAGGAAUAAAGUACAGAUUUGCACUAACUAAUUUGCGGGCUAACGUUGGCACAUUACGAGAAAACACUCAUGCAUCGUGGCAUACGAAUGCUGAUAGAAUCACUGAAAAUUUGAAGUCUAUUUUAGGUCAUAUGGAAUCUUUUUCAAGAGACCUUCUCGAAUGAUUGUUUGUAUGCUCACUUACUGUUGUGUAUGCGCUAUCGUAGCAGAUUUGUGUAGAUCAUUGUAUUUUGUGUGUACUGUUAAGUUUUUGUUGUGUUCACGAAUAUUAAUAAUAGCAGUCUUGGUGCACUUAUUUAUUUGUUUAGAGA